AUGUCUUUCGGACGAGAUGAGAGUAUCGAGACGAUAGAGAGGCAAGGACAAGAGAUCAUGCGGUUGAGGAAGGAAGUGGCGACCCUACGCUAUCGAGAAGCUCGUCGGCGUCCGGUAGGGGAUGUGGCACUGGCUGGAGACGAGGAUGAUGAACAUUCCAUUGGCCGUCACAGAGUGAUGGACGGUAGUUACCACAGUUAUCGUGACAGGAUAUUAUGGCUAUUGGGACUACUAUUAUUACAGUCAUUAUCAUCAUUCGUAUUAUCCUCCUAUAGUACUCUUCUCACGACUCAUCCCGUCAUCAUCUACUUCCUCACUAUGCUGGUUGGUGCUGGUGGCAAUGCUGGCAGCCAAAGUGCAGUGUUGGUGGUACGUCGGUUAGCUCUCGGACAACAGGACAGCUUAUCGAUAGGGAGAUCAGUGACUCGAGAGAUCGGCAUGGCGAUGGGCAUGGCCGUCGUAUUGGGUGUUGUCAGUGCCGUGAGAACGCUUAUUGUACCUAUCAACGAUGGUGAACAAGUCACAGUUAUUGAAUCAAUUGCCAUCUCUAUUUCUAUGAUGACGAUUGUGCUCUCGUCGAUCCUUCUCGGUACCCUCCUCCCACUGUUGUUGCAUCGUCUUGGCUCGGACCCAGCUCACGCUGGUGCUGCUAUACAAGUUUUGAUGGACAUUUUGGGAGUCCUGUUGACUUGUUCGAUAUGCGAUUUCCUACUCCUCAAGGGACGAGUUUUUUGAUUGAUAAUAUCUGAUAGGCGACAAUGCAGCAUAUCUCUCCGCUGUUGAUAACAGAGUUUACUUCCUCA